AUAGCGACGAUGCCGGGCGCGCAGCGUCUCUCCGCAGGCCACGGCCGCGGCGUCCCAGAGCCCCGCAGUCCAGGCGCCAUGGAGCGGCCGGCUCCCCUGGCCGUGCUGCCUUUCUCGGACCCUGCGCACGCCCUAAGCCUGUUGCGUGGCCUGAGCCAGCUCCGCGCCGAGCGCAAGUUCCUGGACGUGACCCUGGAGGCGGCGGGCGGGCGUGACUUCCCCGCGCACCGCGCAGUGCUGGCGGCCGCCAGCCCCUACUUCCGCGCCAUGUUCGCGGGGCAGCUGCGCGAGAGCCGCGCCGAGCGGGUGCGCCUGCACGGAGUGCCGCCCGACAUGCUGCAGCUGCUGCUCGACUUCAGCUACACCGGCCGCGUGGCGGUGAGCGGCGACAACGCCGAGCCGCUGCUGCGCGCCGCCGACCUGCUGCAGUUCCCGGCCGUGAAGGAGGCAUGCGGCGCCUUCCUGCAGCAGCAGCUCGACCUGGCCAACUGCCUGGACAUGCAGGACUUCGCCGAGGCCUUCAGCUGCGCGGGGCUGGCGAGCGCGGCGCAGCGCUUCAUACUGCGCCACGUGGGCGAGCUGGGCGCCGAGCAGCUGGAGCGGCUGCCGCUGGCGCGCCUGCUGCGCUACCUGCGCGACGACGGGCUGUGCGUGCCCAAGGAGGAGGCCGCCUACCAGCUGGCACUGCGCUGGGUCCGGGCCGACCCGCCGCGCCGCGCCGCGCACUGGCCGCAGCUGCUCGAGGCCGUGCGCCUGCCCUUCGUGCGCCGCUUCUACCUGUUGGCACACGUCGAGGCCGAGCCGCUGGUGGCGCGCUGCCCGCCCUGCCUGCGCCUGCUGCGCGAGGCGCGCGACUUCCAGGCGGCGCGCUACGACCGCCACGACCGCGGGCCCUGUCCCCGCAUGCGCCCGCGCCCCUCCACGGGCCUCGCCGAGAUCCUCGUGCUCGUGGGCGGCUGCGACCAGGACUGCGACGAACUGGUCACUGUCGACUGCUACAACCCUCAGACGGGCCAGUGGCGCUACCUGGCCGAAUUCCCCGACCACCUGGGCGGGGGCUACAGCAUCGUGGCGCUGGGCAAUGACAUCUACGUGACAGGUGGGUCCGAUGGCUCCCGGCUCUAUGACUGCGUGUGGAGGUACAACUCCAGUGUGAACGAGUGGACGGAGGUGGCACCCAUGCUGAAGGCCCGCGAGUACCACAGCUCCUCUGUGCUGGACGGACUGCUGUACGUGGUGGCCGCUGACAGCACGGAGCGCUAUGACCACACCACCGACUCCUGGGAGGCCCUGCAGCCCAUGGCCUACCCCAUGGACAACUGCUCCACCACCGCCUGCCGUGGCCGGCUCUAUGCCAUCGGCUCCCUGGCCGGCAAGGAGACCAUGGUGAUGCAGUGCUACGACCCCGACACCGACCUAUGGUCACUGGUGGACUGUGGCCAGCUCCCCCCUUGGUCCUUCGCCCCCAAGACCGUGACUCUGAAUGGACUCAUGUACUUCGUCAGGGAUGACUCCGCCGAGGUGGACGUGUAUAACCCAGUGAAGAAUGAGUGGGACAAGAUCCCAUCUAUGAAUCAGGUGCACGUGGGGGGCAGCCUCGCUGUCCUGGGAGGGAAGCUGUAUGUCUCUGGGGGAUACGACAAUACAUUUGAACUCUCGGACGUGGUGGAGGCGUAUGACCCAGAGACUCGGGCGUGGAGCGUGGUGGGGCGGCUCCCGGAGCCCACCUUCUGGCACGGCAGCGUCAGCAUCUUCCGCCAGUUCAUGCCCCAGACCUUCUCGGGCGGGCGCGGCUUCGAGCUGGACAGUGGCAAUGACAUAGACACAGGCCGACACCGGCCACCGCAGAACCCAGAGGAGCUGCACUAGCCCCGGCCUGGCCCAAUGAGGGCCUCAGUGCAGGUAACCAUCACCUCCACAGAGACAGUGACCCCUCCCUCAUGCACGAGCACAGGCUCUGGGGUGGCUGAGCGAGCCCUAGGAUCCAUCGCCUGGAUGGUUCCUGUGCUUUUGGAGCCUGAGUCACAGUUGCUGGGGCCAGAGCCGGUUGUGAAUGCCCUCCUCAGUUGAGGAGGAGCCACCUCGCUGCCAGCACGUGUUUCUGGGUCCCAGAGGUCACCCCCAGCCUGCAGAUCCCCAGCUCACUCAUGCAACGCACACCCUCCUGCUGCUGCCACCUGCACCUACUUGCUCCCACCUUGGGAGAGGAAGACAACGUGGGGGUGACGAGUGAAGGGGAGGGGGCCUUCCAUGAGGCACUGAGAAUGGUCUGGAGCAUCGCUGGUCGGCAGACAUUGGUCGGCUGCAGCCCUGUGUCCGGUGCCAGGUGUCCCAGUGAGCCAGCUCUCCAGACAGAGUGGGGAUCUUUCCUGUCUCCAGAGGACAUGCCGUGGCAGAUGCUGCAUCUGUCCUGCUAGUGUGUCCUCACUGGCUUGGACACUUCCACUGAGCCUUCACCCCAGGCUGAUGAAGGAAAGAGGGUGGAAGCCUGUGUUGCAAAGCCAUAGCUCCUUCCUGGGAGGGCCCAUGGGUCGUCAUUGAUCCUCAGCCCAGCAAACAGCUGCAGGCGCCGAGCUCCAGAGUAGAGUCCUGUUGCUUCCAAAGGAGCCCUGGGCAGGGCUGGCCCUGGUGGUUGGUUCCAAGGUUUGACAUGCUUGCAGUUUAACCAUUAAAAGAGAGAAAAGGGAGCUAGAAACAGGGUCAGCUUUGUUUGAUUUCCAAGUCCACAAAGUACCAUUGCCAAAGCCACUGCAGGAGGUGCUCCAGGGAAGUGCCACAGCAUGGGGAGCCCUGGUUUUCUCAGAAGCAAGAGGUUCCCAUGGAUUGGGUGAUUUGGGCCCCUCAAGGUACCUGUAGUACACUGCAUGAAUUUGUCCUUCCUUCUCUUUUUAGAGAAGAGGAUGUUUAGGCUGCCUUUCCUCAUUAGAGAAAACGAAAGCAAAUGUUUAUUAAGUUGCCUUUUCUUAGUAAACUAACUUGUAGAGAUGUGCUCUCACCAGGAAAAACAUAGCUUUAGCACCAUCACGUAACAAGUUGCACUUAAAACCCUUUCACCAGCCAGAUGGCAUGGUUGCCUUAAUUUCUCCCAGGACACCGGGCAGGGCUGCAGGUGGCCCUGCCUUGCCCCUGCGAGCUCCUGAAGAGCCCCCAGUACGCUGCCACGCACUGUGGGUCUUGUCUUGUCCCAGAGCCCCCAGCUGGCGCAGUCACAGCCCAUAGCAGCCCUUCCCUUGUUGGGUCUUCACGCAUCGGUCAUGACCAAGCAGCUGCUGUGCACCAGGCACUGGCGGGGAGGACAGUGGGACAGCACUGUCCCGGCCUGCUCAGGCCCAGCUGUGGUUCCCACGGGCCACGUGGAAACGUGCAGCAGGCUGCUUAGGGCCAGGCGCCCCUCUGGCCUCGGUCCUUGCUUUAUGCCUGGGGCCUUUUCCUGGGUGCCAGCAAGCAGGGCCCAGCUUGCCUGCUCUGUCCUUUGUUCCCUUGGGCCUCCUAGUCUGAGCAUGGUCCCCUGCCCCUGCCAGCCCUAGAAUCCCCUCCCACUGCCUCACUUAGCUUCCUAAGGGGCUGCUGAGCCCCCUGAGAGGUGGUUCUUGCUCUCCGGGAUGAUUUGUCUCCUGUUAGCAGCAGAGGGUGGCAGGGCACUGCACUGGGUGCCAGAGAAAACAUGCCCUGUCUGGUCUGUAAUGACCACUGUCACAGCAUCCCAGGGGAGGCUGGGCUGGGAGGCCUUGAUCCUGUGAAAGUGCUCCGGGUUCCUGCUCCUUUUGCUGCUCUGCCAUGGCCAGCAGCACUCAGUGAGGGCUUUGGUGUGGGCCAGUGCAGGAGAGAUGGGCUUGCCUCUGUGCCCCCGUCCUGCGUCUUGCUCCUCACACUGCCCAGGUCUCCAGCAGGACCCCGUGUCUUCUGGCUGAAGAGGUGAAGGAUGUAGAAGAGCAGGCGCUAGCCCGAGCCCAGUGGGUCCCUCCAGCUGGGGAUCCAGGAUCAGGCCUCCUCUGCCCUCACUCCCCUUUGUGUGGGUUCUGGGCUGUAAUGUCCCCACCACCUGAGGGCGUCCUUACACUGACUUCAGGACAGAUGCUGGGCUGCCUGGGGACAGGACUGUCCCCAUGUUACACAUAUAGAACUUUCAUCUGUCUACAAAUUAAAUUAUGAAGAUUCAUUAUUUAAUACUGAUCUACUAUAAUGUAUUCUGUAUUUAUAUGACUUCAGAGACUCCUGUGAUAAAGGACGCCCUCCCCGAAGUGUCCAGCGUCUGGUCCCGCCCCAGAGGAUAGGGCAGGUGUGUGUAUUUAUUUUUGUCUACUCUGUGGGCUUACUUGUCUGGAAUCCUGCUUAAUGUCUUAGGAUGCCUUCAAUACUUUUUCAAAUAAAGAUAUUUCCUAUA